CUAUAGAUCAACUUACCUCAGAAUAUAUAAAGCAUAUAAACAACUACAGAAGCUCAAGCUUCAGGAUCUGCUCCAGUAUCAGGAUAAGUGAACAGACAAGGCUUUGCAAUUUAGCUGAGAUCUUUAGACUUGAUCAGGUGUGUCAAGUUUGGAAAACGUAAAGGAGUGCAUAGACUCCUUACCUGUAUUUUCAUAGGUUUUACAGCUUUUUAUAUUGAUAAAGACCCCUCCCUGCAAUGGUAAUAGAUACACAAAGAAAAAAGAGGGGUCACCUUCUGGUAUAGACAUUACUUUUUCUUUUUUCUUUUUUUUCAUUUUACAGCGAGUUCGAGGAAGUCUUCUGUGAAUGAACAAAAACUUCAUAUGUUAUAUUUACAGGAGAGUCUGGCCAAUGAACCAUCAGCAGUUAUAUUUUCUGUAAUUUUACACAUUUUGUUAUAUACUUUUACUGAUCCAUGAUGCAAAAUAACUUUGAGAUCCCUGGACUAGAUUAACCAAAUGUGUUUUGUGGUACAUGAUAUGUUUUGAAGUGUACCUGGAAAUAGCUUAAAUGGCAUCUCGGUCCAAAAAUACCUCCUGCCUCCUUCUGUCGUGAGGUCAAAGAUAGCUCUGAAGUACGACUGAUAAGAACUUGUGCUCUGACUUCAUGCUAACAGUUUGUUACCAUGAAAAAGUCAUUACAAAAGAAGAUCCAGUGUAACUCCAUUCUUCCUCCUUAUUAAGGCUUCUCAUGUCUACAUCACUAUGAAUUAUGGGACAGCAUUAUCUCCUCUCCUUCCAUAAAGGAUACCGCAGUGUAUGCCCAGAUAAAUGAGGUAAUAAAGGAAGCAUUAAAGCACCUUUCCUUUGUAUUUGGAGAAUCUUGUCAGGACAAAUUAAACAUAUGCAUAUGUGUAUGAAUUUUAUGGACACAUGCUAAAUGUAGCAGUGGGAAAGCUUUAAUGUUUUGUUUUGUUUUUUAAUUAAACCAAUUAGACAUAGAAAAUGUUACAAUUUUAAUCACCCCUGACACAGUCUUAAACCUCAAAAAUGUGAUUAAUUUGCUUUAAUAAUAAGAGUGCAUGCAUGGUUGCAUUCAUGUGCUCCUUGGAGGGCUGGAAUCUCCCAAGCUGAGAAAUCAUUCCUAUGAUAGUAUUGUGCUGAUUUAGCCGAAGAGGAUUACUGCCAGUUAAUACCUCUUCCAACUAAUCUUUGUCUGUGGACGGUUACAAAUUACAAACUAAAUUCCCAAGACUCCCAAAACAACGAAAAGUUUCAACUUUAUUAUUGGCAACUUUAUUACCAUUUUCCCAUUAUUUAUUUUUUAGCCAGCUGGAAACAAUUUUUUUCGAUAUCACAUGACCGCGCAGUAAGAUUGAAAUAACCAAAAUGAGAGUAACUGUUGUCUGUGUCGUUACUUUUUAAAUAGAUGAGGUGGAAGAACACAAUGAGCUGCCUCCACGUUAGGUUUCAUGAAUCUGUGGAGUUGCAGAUAGCUCUAGUUUAACCACCAGAGUGGGCUCGAUUUAUGGGGGAGAUUUGUGUGUUCUUGAGUUCAUUUGAUUGGAGUCCAAACAGCGUUCAGGCGAUACGACGUACAGCUGCAGCCAGGUGUUCGGUUACUUUUCAACUUCGUAGUUUGGGCUCACAUUAAACCUCAGUGUCAUCCAGCUGUGAUCCAAAGAUCUCUAAUAAGGUGUUUCCUUUCUCCUUGUGUCUCCUCCUGGUGUGGGGAUGCAGUCAGAGGUGCUGGGAUGUUCUCCAGAUGUGAGAUAAUGCAAGCCAAUCAGAGCCUCUGUACAUGCUCCUCCUCUAACUGAGUUUCUGCUGGAGCUCCGGUGUUCUGGGAAUCCAUCCUACCUGGCGAACUAAUUAAUUUGCCAUCCACCUGAACGUGACGGACGUUUUUUCUUUUUUUUUUUUUUUACGUCUCGGUUAUUCGCUUUAUUCCCGCGACAUUUCGCUCUUAUUUUAACCGGAUAUCACUGGAAACUUGGAAACUUUCCCGACAACUUGCAGGAAAGUGGAGUCUGAAAGCAGAUAACAUUAAGCGACCAGGGGAAACAGACGUUAUUUCCGCUUCAUCGGCCGGGUUUUAACGAAACAGCUCCCGGACUCUGCGAGCCAGGAUGCCCGGAGACUCCUCCGUCAACUUCAGCGUCCUCCACCGGAUUUGUAAGCUGGUGGUGCUGCUGUGUUUUCUCCACAUCGCCGUCACCGUGGUCUUCUAUGUCCGCUCCUUCGAUUUCCACCUCGCCUUCGUUCAGAAUCAGCAGUCCAAUAAUAACAUCCCUAUGUUCCGGAAUACCAACCGGGUGGUGAGCUCCGGACUCGAGCCUGCGAAGGAGGAGAAAAUCUUGGAGCAGCCGGUGAAGAAGCUGGAGAAAUGCCCCGAGACGUCCCCCCUGCUGGUGGGUCCCCUGCGGGUGGAGUUUAACUUUACUGUGGACCUGGAGCUGGUAAAAAAGGAGAACCCCAACGUGCAGCCGGGCGGCCGCUUCAAACCCAAAGACUGCGAGGCGCUGCAGAAAGUGGCCAUCAUCAUCGCGUUCCGCUACCGAGAAGAGCACCUUAAGUACUGGCUGCACUACCUGCACCCGAUCCUGCAGAGGCAGCAGCUCGACUACGGGGUCUACGUCAUCAAACAGGAUGGCAAUGACACCUUCAACAAAUGCAGGCUGCUGAAUACUGGCUACGCAGAGGCCUUGAAGGAGUAUGAUUACAACUGCUUCGUCUUCAAUGAUGUCGACGUCAUCCCCAUGGACGACCGCAACACCUACAAGUGCUUCAGCCAGCCUCGGCACCUGGCUGUGUCCUUGGACAAGUUCGACUUCAGGUUACCGUACGUUCAGUGUUUUGGAGGCGCCACCUCGUUGAGUAAAGAGCAAUACUUGAAGAUCAACGGCUUUCCCAACAACUAUUGGGGCUGGGGAGGAGAGGACGACGACAUCUACAACAGGGUGGUGACUAGUGGAAUGUCCAUCUCCAGACCCGACAGUGAAAUCGGGAAGUGCCGCAUGAUCCGACACAACAGAGACAAGUUGAAUGAUCCAAACCCACAGAGGUUUAACCUGCUUUCUCACACUCAAGAGACCAUGUACAAAGACGGCAUAAACUCUCUGAAGACCCAGGUGUUGAGCAUCCAGAAGCUUGACCUUUUCACUAUGAUCACUGUGGAUGUGGGAAAGCAAUGAAGGAUCUGUGGCACCGGGACCGGGCUGAAAUUCACACCGUGCCUCUGACACUUGAAGCUUUAAGUUCUGGUUCUGCUCCAGAACUACUGGACUGUUUCCGUGAUUCUUUUUUUUUUUCUAAAGUUUUUUUGGUUUUUGGGUUUUUGCACAAACAGACUCAUGGUUUGUGAAGUUUUUUUCGGGGCCUUAAGGACUCAUUUCUGAUUGGUCAGCUGGAACCAAUCAGCUCCCACCAUCUGUGCGUCAGACGCUGCUGCUGGGAUAUUUCCUAAACAAGACUUUUGUUUUGAAAAUCAGACAAUCAGAGCGGCCCUCAGGGUCAUGUGGUCUGGGCUUUACUGCUGGAGGAUUAGGGGUUAUUGAGUGUGUGUUUGACUUUUUUUAAAAAUCAGGUUUUCAAUCAGUGAUCAAUGUUUUUCUUUUUACAGCCAAAGUUUAAUCCAAAAUGAAACAAGAGUCUGUUCCUUAAUAGAUUCUAUUACUAAUUAAUCAGCACUGAUUGAUUAUCUGCUUGUUUUGAUUCCAACAAAACAGAAAAAAAGAAAAAUGAUGGAUUAUCGGUGAUGGUUGGUUUCUCUGUUGACUGAUUAGCUGUACUUCAUUUUGAUUGAUUGUAUCUCUAAGUGUCCUUAUUGGUACCAAAGACUUUACUGAUCCUGUGGAUGAGGUCAACUGACUGCUGGACGAGUUCGUCUGAUUAUUGAUGACACACAUUGAUCCAGUGUGUGUCAUCUGUCCUGCAUGUUCAUUUGUGACUGCAGACGAGUCUCCUCCUCACUCUGUGAACUAAUCACCUGUAAAUGUGCCUUAAUGGUGGGACUGGUGGAGAAGCCAGUGUGUGAAUGUGUGUUUGUUUUUUUCCCCAUUUAAAUAUGCUAUGUGUAUGUUCUUCUUUGUGUCUUGUUUCACUUGGUGUUUGUGGUGUUGUCUCUGUGGGUCAUGCUGUGCUGUACAUAAUCAUUUCCAGGGUGGAGGUCAGCCCGACCCACAGAGACGAAACGUGAAUGGGAACACAGCAGGCUGGAAGAGGAAAAAAAAAAGAAAAAAAAAAGUGUAAUGAUCCUUUUGAAAGCACUAAAUUCAGAUUCCUAAAACCAGUUAAAUUAAUAAAUACCUGAAAUCAGAUUUCUGUCCUGCUGCAGUGAUGUUGGCUAUAAUAUGUUUCUGUAUGUGGACAUUAAAGAUGAUGUGUUGGGCUUUU